AUGGAUAAAGGCUCCAACAAAGUUUCAGACCAGUACAACUCCAAUGGCUACUGUCAAACCUACUGCCAAGGUAAAGGGUACGCAGUGGCAGUCUUAUCCAACUACGACUGUUACUGCACAAAUGACGUACCUGGAGACACCGUCGACAUGUCCAAUUGCGAAUCUGGAUGUCCUGGAUAUGGAGACUUGGAAAACUGUGCUGGUGACGGAUACUAUGGUUACUUGGUGAUUAGCGAUCCAAGUAGCACUGUAGGCGCAUCCUCAGAAACAUCAAGCUCUAGCUCUAGUUCUAGUUCUAGUUCCAGCACGAGUUCCAGCACGAGUUCCACUUCCACUUCCAGCUCCAGCUCUAGCUCGACAUCACCUCCAAAAACAACCCUUGUUACCCAAACAACACAAAUCACCCAAGUUCACCUGUCAAACGACGUUGUUUUAGUAACCCAAUAUCUCACUGUCACUCCAUCAUCCUCUUCGACUUCAUCAUCAUCAUCUUCCUCUUCAUCAUCAUCCUCUUCUUCACCAUCACCAUCACCAUCAACGGUAGUCUUGGUUUCCACACUGAUACAACCAUCAACGGUAGUCUCAAUCAUGACUGUUAAUGGAACUGAGUCACAACAGGUUGAAACAAUGUACAUUACUCAAUAUUCAAGUAUACAAGCCAACCUGACUCUGGAUUCAUCAGCUGAAGAAACCUCAGAUUCCAAAGCAGGUGCAUCAGAAGAGGCAACUGCCACUGAAACAGAAUCAGAAAUUCCAUCAUCAUCAUCUACUACUUCUUCAGGUUCUUCAGGUGCUGGUGCCGGUGGUGCGACGGCUUUAUCCUCGCCAUCAUCUACGUCAUUGGUACUUAGUGACUCUUCUUCGUCUACCGGAAUUGCCGCAGAAGCAUCAGCAACCGGAGUUGCCACUGAGAGUGGCGGAGAUAGUGAGAAUGCCAACCAAAAUACAAAUAAAUCCGCCUUCUUUUCCGAUAAGGGAAAAGUUGCUGGAACAUUUACUGCAGUUGGCGUGGUAGUCCUUGGUAUUGCCUCUGCGAUUCUUUAUUGUUGUUGCUGCUGUGGUGCUGGUGCAGCAAGGAGAAGAUCAAAGUCUUCCAACGAUAUAGGGGACGAGUUCAUCUCAGAUGAAGAGAAUCGAUAUAGUUCAGAUGAGUCCGUGACUCAUGAAAAGACUGUUGUUCGUCCACCAAAUGCAUAUAGCAAACACUCCUCAUUUAGUUCAUUAAAGAGAGAUAAUUCGAGCAAAACCUUGUUUAGUUUAUUCAAUGGUGGUGCUGAUAGAGAAGCAAACAAUUACUCAUUUAAUGGACACGUUACUACCAUGGGCUCCACUGGUGGUGCUGGUGUCAAUAGAAAUUUGUCAAGAAAGAAGUUGAUGAGUAGACGCAAUAGCACAAAGGACUCGCCUUCAUUGGGUGGCAGUAAUGGAGGAUUACAUCAUUCAGAUGGAAGUAUUAGCGGUGGUCCCGGAGUAAUAUUCCCCAUUGAUGAAUUGGAUAAUCGGUUGGAUUUUGGUUCAAUGUUUUUAAACACCAUUGAUUCAAAUAAACUGUUUGGAGAUGGCAAUGAUUAUUCAAGAAAAUUGAAGAUAACCAAUCCAGAUAGCUAA